AAUACAACGCACAUCUUUGUUUGACGUAGCCAGACACCCCAUUCACCAACCUCUCAUCACACAAUGCAACUGAUCCUGCCAGUGUGCUCAGGGCGAACGCCUGUGGUCUAUGGACGGGUACUCCAGAAGGUUUGGGAAGGCAGGCAUCUAACCCGCUCUCCGUGGCGCAUGGUAUACUCAACCGCAUCAAACACAAGCUCAACCGCGGAUAUCAACAUGAGCGUGACUGUAGAUGGGGCUUCAGACGGGGAAAGGAAAAUCAACACGGGGAAGGAAUAUGUCGACUCGUUGAGAGGACGCAAGCUGGUGGUGUACUUGUUUGGAGAGGAGGUUAGUGAACCAGUUGAUCACCCGAUGAUCAGACCUUCGGUCAAUGCGGUUGCUAAGACAUAUGAUCUGGCCGUCAAGGAGCCGUUGCUUGGAUCGGUGGUGUCACCAUUCACGGGGGAACGAGUGUCACGGUUCUUAUCCGUUUGUACAAGUGUUGAUGACAUGGUAAAGCAAAACAAGAUGCAACGCAAACUGGGCCAACUCACAGGCACGUGUUUCCAGAGAUGUGUGGGGAUGGACGCCUUCAAUGCUCUGUACUCCGUCACCUACGAGAUGGAUCAGACCCACAGCACACCUUACCAUGAGCGAUUCAAAGCGUUCCUGAAGCAUAUGCACACGUACAACUACGUAGUGGGAGGAGCGAUGGUAUGUGUGAA